AUGACGCAGUUGACCCGCACCCCACUACCCGGAGACGGCGAUAUCAACCCGCCUGCUGCGGGCGAAGUCGUUGCGGGUCCCUUUUCAAGUGAACCGCUCGGUGCGCAGCUCCACAAGGUUUUACGGUAUCUAAAAAAAGAGCUCAGACCAGUUUCACCUGAAGAGAUAGAGGAAGCCCUGCAGAUACGCUUGCAACGAGACUCGGAGCUGUGGGUGAACUUGGUCGGGAACCCCCGCGUCUUACUGGAGUCGGACGGGCGCUGGCGCUGGCGCUCGAAAUACUAUUUGCGUAACCGCGAUGAUCUGCUGAACUUGCUCAAAACUUCGGUAGAAGGUAUUCCAGUUUCGGAACUGCAGGACUCAUACCGGGACGCCUUGCGAGAUAUUCGAGAACUGGCAUAUGAGCGGAACCCGCCGCUGAUACUCGCGUUUCGUCCCAGCGAACACACGAAGGAAGUGAUUCUGUUCCCAAAUGAUCCGACGCUGUACGUCCGCAUAAGUGAACAAGUGCGCAAACUCUGGCAAAGUAUUCCAAUCCCAGAUUCCAGCGUUGUGUACGAUUACUUGCUCCAGCGCGGUCUGAAGCAAGGAAGCAAUCAUGAGGCUGUGCGAGCUGCUCUGGCACCGACCGGUGCACAGCGACCACCCCAGCUGAAACGGCGCGCUCGACCCGGUGCGAGGUCAUCUGGGUCAUCAUCCACGAGACGAAUACGCUUGACGAAUGUGCAUCUGGAGGGUACGGGCAUAGACCUCUCGCGAGACUAUGAACCGUCAUCUUGA